AUGUCCAAGUUCUCGACACUCCUCGCCCUCCUCUCUGUCCUUCCCGCUCUGUCCCAUGCCCAGUCUGCGGUGUACGCCCAGUGCGGUGGGAUCGGUUGGACCGGUGACACCACCUGCGUCUCUGGUUCGGUCUGCACUGUGCUCAACGAUUACUACUCGCAAUGCCUUCCGAGCUCUGCCACGACUGGCUCUACCAGCACUGUCGCUUCGACCAGCACUGUCACCCCGACCAGCACUACCUCCGUCAGCACCACCACCGGUUCCAGCACCGGAACGGCGACAAGCACUUCCGCCACGUCCACGUCCACUGCUGCUGCCGGCAACCCCUUCGCCGGCUACGAGAUGUACCCGAGCCCGCUGUACUCCUCUGAGGUCGCCGCCGCCGCCGCCGCCAUGACGGACGCGGACCUCGCCGCCAAGGCCGCGAGCGUCGCGCAAAUCCCCACCUUCACCUGGCUCGACACGGUGGCCAAGGUGCCCUCGCUCGGGGACCUCCUCGCGAACGCGACGGCGCUGCAGGCGAGCUCGGGCCAGAAGCAGAUCGUGCCGAUCGUCGUGUACGACCUGCCGGACCGCGACUGCGCCGCGAAGGCGUCCAACGGCGAGUUCUCGAUCGCCGACGGGGGCGAGCAGGACUACUACGGCUACAUCGACCAGAUCGUGGCGCAGAUCGAGAAGCACCCGGACGUGCGCGUCGUCGCCGUGAUCGAGCCGGACUCGCUCGCGAACUUGGUGACGAACCUGAGCGUGGAGAAGUGCGCGAACGCGGAGACGACGUACAAGGCGUGCGUCACCUACGCGCUCAACCAGCUCGCGACCGUCGGCGUGUACAUGUACAUGGACGCCGGGCACGCGGGCUGGCUCGGCUGGCCCGCGAACAUCCAGCCCGCGGCGACGCUCUUCGCGGAGAUGUACCAGAGCGCGAACUCGUCCCCGUUCGUCCGCGGUCUCGCCACGAACGUCGCGAACUACAACGCCCUCCAGGCCUCCAGCCCCGACCCGAUCACGCAGGGCGACCCGAACUACGACGAGCUCCUGUACAUCGAGGCGCUCGGGCCGAUGCUCUCCUCCGCCGGGUUCCCCGCGCAGUUCAUCGUCGACCAGGGCCGCGCCGGCCAGCAGAACCUCCGCCAGGCCUGGGGCGAUUGGUGCAACAUCAAGGGCGCCGGGUUCGGGAUGCGGCCGACGACGGACACGCCGUCGAGCCUCAUCGACGCGAUCGUGUGGGUGAAGCCCGGGGGGGAGUCCGACGGGACGAGCAACUCGUCCUCGCCCCGGUUCGACUCGACGUGCUCGCUCUCGGACGCGACGCAGCCGGCGCCCGAGGCGGGGACGUGGUUUCAGGCGUACUUCGAGACGCUCGUCUCGCAGGCGAACCCGUCGCUGUGA